AUGACGCUAUCGACGCGCCACUACUGGAGACAAGAGCGAGACGUCGCUUCGACAUAUACAAACAUAAGAGGUGGAGUAAGACCACGCCGAGCGAGGUUCUCCGGCAUCGAUUCCGAGCUCGAGUCAAGUCGACGACUGUUCGUGGCUCUUAACCUCGUGGAAAACGUUAUCGAGAGCCACAAGUCGCCGCCACCAUGCAUUCUUGCGACACUUCAUGUCGGUCUUCCGGAUCUCAAGCCGGACGCGUUCGAGAACACUGAGCCGAGUCUCGCCGCGGUCGUUCCUCGUUGA